GGCAAACAACAUAUUUUUAUCGGAAAUCCUCGUAUCUUUUUAACCAUACUUCCACUACACUUUCACGUCAAUAUACCACGCGUUUUCCACACAUUUUCUCAUUCACUUCCACCACUGAUCUAUUCCUAUCAUGCCAUCACAUGCCUUGCUAAGUGCUUACUCAUACACACACAACACACAUUAAUUGCUCUAUAAUAUUACCACAUCACUUCACCUCAGACUGAUCUAGAGCCUCAUGAAUCAUGAUAUAAUAUCUAGUCGGCUCUUCCAGCGGCCGACUAGUUCCUAAGAGAAUUUUGCUGUGGUUGCCCAAAAGUAAUUUCCCUUCCUCUGAGUCUCUGACAUCCUCAUUACCCCACUUCGCGGAUAAACAACCGAACAAAGUUAAGCCCCGCCAUUUCAUUCGAUUUUGCGGAGUAACAUCACGAGCAACCAAAAGUGGAAGGUCGAGAUAGGAAAAAAAACUUGGAAGGAACCACAUAGAAAUAUGCCAGAAAAGAUCCUAGACGACAUCUCACACAGGAGAUUUAACCCAUUGCGGGGUAGUUGGCUUCUUGUGUCCCCUCAUCGUACCAAGAGACCAUGGCAAGGACAGCAAGAAGCGGCUUCGAAGAUUACACUUCCGGAAUAUGACGCUGCAUGUUACCUAUGUCCAGGAAAUAAACGCGCGCAGGGAGACUCAAACCCACAGUACAAAGACACUUUCGUUUUUGUGAAUGAUUACAGUGCGGUUAAGGAGGUUCAAGCUGAGUAUGCGCAGGAUGGGGAAUCAAAAGAUCUCUCGAACACUCUUCUACGCGCGGAGCCCGUUACAGGAAAAUGCUAUGUUCUAACAUUCUCUCCCUCGCACAACCUCACACUCGCAGACCUCACUCCUGCUCAGAUUCUUCCCGUCAUACAGACAUGGACAGAGAUCUACGCCGCACAUCUGUCUCCUUCAUCGCCUCUGGCAAGUGUUGCUCAACCUACCACCCUUGCACCCUCAGGUCAUAAUAUUGGAGCCCCAAAUCAACAGUAUAAAUGGAUGCAAAUCUUCGAGAAUAAAGGUGCCGCAAUGGGUUGUUCGAAUCCUCAUCCUCAUGGACAAAUCUGGACUACGACUGGAUUGCCUGAAGAGCCUGCUUCCGAACUCGUCAAUCUUCUUAAAUAUCGACAGGAAAACUCUGGUCGUCAUUUGUUGGAAGAUUAUGUUAAGCUUGAGAUGGAAAAGGAAGAAAGAAUCGUAUUUCAAAAUGACAGCUUCUUGGUAGUUUGUCCAUGGUGGGCAACCUGGCCAUUUGAGGUUAUGAUCAUUAGUAAGACACAUAAAAGAGGUCUAGUUGAUUUGAACGAUGCAGAGAAACUGGGAUUUGCGGAGGCUGUUGCGGAAGUCACGAGAAGAUAUGAUAAUUUGUUCGAGACUAGCUUUCCUUACAGCUCCGGCAUUCACCAAGCUCCCUUGGAAGGUACUGAGGAGGAGAUCAAUGCUUCUUACUUGCACAUGCAUUUCUAUCCUCCUCUUCUUAGAAGUGCAACCGUGAGAAAGUUCCUGGUCGGAUAUGAAUUAAUGGCCGAACCACAAAGAGAUAUCACUCCAGAGCAGGCGGCUGCUAAGUUAAGAGCAUGUGGCGGAGAAUUGUACAGGAAGAAGUUGUAGAGGCAUACAUGGAAAUGGCCAAUUGGCAAAAAGAGGGCUUGGGCAGGAAUGUCAAACGACAAAUCUAGAAUUUGGUAGGAUUCAAAAAAUAGAUUCUAGACAUGCAUCUCGCUCAACCAAUGUACGUACUCUCUGAUGUAAAUGCUAGCUCGGCUACCCAACGCGUAUUGAAGCAGUUAGAACUCAGAACUGGCGUAGAUAACAGGGCUCUCGAUGUAGUGAGUGAAAUCUCGAGAUGUGUAUUGAAUUUAGAUGGAGAAUAUCAUCGGAUGAAAAUCGAACUGUAA